CGACUAAUGGGCGUUUCUCUCUCAAAAUGAAAAUCCUUUCGCAACAAACGGGACCAGUUUCACAAGGACGGCAUUGCCCCUAAAAGAGGAGGAACAUCAUGAUCACCUGCAGAAUUCUAUGCCACGAUGGUUCUCUUCGCUCAGCUCGUGUCCUUCUUCGUCGAAGUCAAUAAGAUCAAAAAGGGCAAAACCUCGACUCGUCCGCGGAUCAACAAACAGCGCAACAAAUCCCAAAAGGCAUCGGAUUGGUUAUGAAACGCUGAGACUGAAAAGUCAAAGGCAGAGAGGAGAAGGUUCUCCUCCCAAGCAGGCCAGACCUUUGGCCCGGGAGGAGCCCAGAAGAUGCCGACCGCUGCCUCCCACACGGCAACCCAAGGGACCGAAGCCUGUGUGGGAAGUAUCAUACUCGGUGUUUCUGGUGACACUUCAACCAGAUCUGAAGGCGGACCGUGUUGACCAUGAAGCAGCUUCGUGAUUGGUGUGUGUCGAUGUCAUCUUAUCGUGAUGUGUUUUUUGCGACCUGGUUGUGGGGUUGCUGUCCACCGGGCUUGGGCAGAUCGCAGUUUUUAGUUUGCCACCAACCCCGAGGACGUACUCCUCUGUGUUGCCCUUGGAACAUUGGGACCCAAACUUGGCUGCAUUACACCCCAGUUUUGAUUUUUUAGAAAUGUUUACCCUAUCUUUUAUUUAUGUACACAUUGUGUAAGUUAUACAUUACGGUGUGUCUGUAAUAAACAUGCAUUUAU